GAUUCAACCAGUUCGCGGCGAACAUUCGCGGUGUGUGCACUUUACCGCAUCGCCUUUGCGCAUUUAACGAAAAAAAAAAAAGUGGUCCGCGAAAACAAAUUACAGCGUUAUUAUUUUUGGUAGUGGUUCGGUUAAUAGUGAUUAUUGUUUGCAAUGCUUGAUCGCCGUUGAUUAUUGAUAUUUGAAGUUAAAAAAUCGGUGUUAAAUUUCUUAUUCGUGAUCAUAAAGUUUCAAUAAGAACCUCAGAAAUUUAUAGUGGAAAGUGAAAUUGUAGUGAUGUGUGCAAACAAAAGUGUUAUAUGAACUUUUGGACUAUAAUAGCGCCGAUUGCAGCAAUAACGAAUUACGUGAGAGAAUUCUUUACGAUGCUUAAGAGAAGGACAUCGAAGCGUUUUGUUUUGGGUGAUACGUCUGUAGAUGAGGAAAAAUACGACGAUGAAGCAACGGAGGUCAUGCCCUCCAGCUUGGUGCAGAAAUUCCAAAUGACUAUCGAUUCAGAUCCUGACAGGCGCGAAAAAGAAGAAGAGGAUCACAUGCAGGUACCAGAUGGUAGACUCCUUCGGCUCCCUCUUACGGGAAGUUUAACGCCCUCUAUGUCCCAGGGUACGGUGAUACACAGUCAACGUUUUCAAGAGAAGGAUUUCACCAUCGCCACCCCUGAGGAAUUUGUUCGACGCUUUCAAGGGACUAAGGCAAUAAAUAAGGUUCUGAUCGCCAACAACGGCAUCGGCGCGGUGAAAUGCAUGCGAUCGAUACGAAGAUGGUCCUACGAGAUGUUCAAGAACGAACGGGCCGUGCGGUUUGUGGUUAUGGUCACUCCGGAGGAUCUGAAAGCGAACGCGGAGUACAUAAAGAUGGCGGACCACUACGUACCCGUGCCGGGCGGCUCCAACAACAACAACUACGCGAACGUGGAGCUGAUCGUGGACAUCGCUGUGAGGACGCAAGUGCAGGCGGUUUGGGCGGGAUGGGGCCACGCGUCCGAAAACCCAAAAUUGCCGGAACUGUUGCAUAGAGCUGGCGUAGUGUUUAUAGGACCGCCAGAAAAAGCCAUGUGGGCCCUCGGAGACAAGAUCGCUUCCUCCAUAGUGGCGCAGACCGCUGAUAUACCCACCUUGCCCUGGAGUGGCAGUGAAUUGAAAGCGGAAUACAACAGUAAGAAGAUCAAGAUAUCGUCGGAGUUGUUCGCGAGGGGUUGUGUCACCACUCCAGAACAAGGACUGCAGGCGGCGCACAAGAUAGGGUUUCCCGUCAUGAUAAAAGCGUCCGAGGGCGGCGGCGGUAAAGGCAUUCGGAAAGUGGAAAACCCCGAUGACUUCAGCAACAUGUUUCGACAGGUCCAAGCUGAAGUACCAGGCUCGCCAAUAUUUGUGAUGAGGUUGGCCAGGUCGGCCAGGCAUUUGGAGGUGCAACUUUUGGCCGAUCAGUACGGUAACGCAAUAUCGCUGUUCGGUCGCGACUGCUCCAUCCAGCGUCGUCACCAGAAGAUCAUCGAAGAAGCACCCGCAGCUAUUUCUAAGCCUGAUGUGUUCAUUGAAAUGGAGAAGGCCGCGGUCCGCUUGGCUAAGAUGGUGGGCUACGUGAGCGCAGGCACGGUGGAGUACCUGUACGAGCCGAUGACCGGCGCCUACUACUUCCUGGAGCUGAACCCGCGGCUUCAAGUGGAGCAUCCGUGCACUGAGAUGGUCGCGGACGUCAACUUGCCCGCAGCCCAGUUGCAGAUCGCAAUGGGUCUCCCGCUAUAUCACAUCAAAGAUAUAAGGCUACUGUACGGAGAGUCACCCUGGGGCAUGACCAACAUAAACUUUGACGAACCAAGGCAACGCCCUUCACCGUGGGGGCACGUUAUAGCUGCUAGGAUAACUUCUGAAAACCCUGACGAAGGUUUCAAACCUUCAUCGGGCACAGUCCAAGAACUGAACUUCCGAUCGUCAAAGAACGUUUGGGGCUACUUCAGCGUGGCAGCCUCUGGUGGCCUUCACGAGUUUGCGGACUCACAGUUCGGGCAUUGCUUCUCUUGGGGAGAAACUAGAGAGCAAGCGAGAGAGAAUUUGGUAAUAGCUCUGAAGGAACUAUGCAUUCGAGGAGAUUUCCGCACGACUGUGGAGUAUCUUAUCACAUUGCUGGAGACUCCGGCCUUCCAGGAGAACAAUAUCGACACAAGCUGGUUGGACGCCCUUAUAGCGGAAAGGGUACAAUCGGAGAAGCCAGACAUAAUGCUGGGAGUUCUGUGCGGAUCAAUUCUCAUAGCUGACAAUAUUAUCACGGCAAACUUCCAAGAGUUUAAAAGUGCUUUGGAGAAAGGUCAAAUCCAAGGUUCGGGCCAACUGUCCAACAGCGUGGAAGUGGAGCUGAUACACAGCGGCCAUAAAUACAAGGUCAGCGUGACCAAGUCCGGCCCUACGUCUUACUUCAUUGCGAUGAACGGCAGUUUUAAGGAGUUGGAAGUCCACAAGUUGACUGAUGGGGGGACACUUCUAUCAGUCGACGGCGCUUCCUACACAACUUACCUCAGGGAUGAAGUCGACAAAUAUCGGAUCGUGAUCGGGAAUCAAACGGUUGUCUUCGAGAAAGAGAAGGAUCCAUCUAAACUACGCGCUCCUUCCGCCGGCAAACUGAUUAACACCCUGGUAGAAGACGGCGGCCACGUGGAUAAGGGACAACCGUAUGCCGAAAUUGAGGUGAUGAAGAUGGUGAUGACUUUAUCAGCGCCAGAGUCCGGCAACGUGACGUGGUCCCUGAGACCUGGUGCAGUGCUGGAAAUGGGCACUCUUAUGGGGACCUUGGAGCUCGAUGACCCAUCACUAGUGACCACGGCACAACCCUACAAAGGCCAGUUCGUGAUAGAGGACCACCCGCAGGUUUCCGACAAACUGAAUCACGCGCACAACAAGUAUAAAUGCGCAUUGGAGAACACCCUCGCCGGCUACUGUCUGCCGGAUCCAUACAACACACCAAGAUUACGCGAAGUUGUCGAAAAGUUUAUGCAGAGCCUGCGCGACCCCUCCCUACCUCUACUCGAGUUGCAAGAGGUGCUCUCGUCCACAUCGGGCCGUAUACCGAUCUCUGUGGAGAAGAAGGUGCGCAAACUGAUGGCGCUGUAUGAGAGGAACAUCACCAGCGUGUUAGCGCAGUUCCCUAGCCAACAGAUCGCGAGUGUAAUCGACCAUCACGCAGCGUCGUUGGCCAAGCGUUCGGACCGAGACGUCUUCUUCAUGAGCACUCAGGCGCUAGUGGUUCUGGUGCAGAGAUACAGGAACGGUAUACGCGGUAGGAUGAAGGCUGCCGUACACGAUCUGCUGAAGCAGUAUUAUCAAGUCGAGAGCAACUUCCAGUUGGGCUCCUAUGACAAGUGCGUUAUGGCUCUGCGUGACCGCUACAAGGACGAUAUGCAAGCCGUCGCAAACAUCAUAUUCUCGCACAACCAAGUCGCCAAGAAGAAUUUACUGGUGACAAUGCUAAUAGACCAUCUCUGGUCAAAUGAGCCCGGACUCACCGACGAAUUGGCGGCGACACUUAACGAACUGACGUCGUUGCAUCGCGCAGAGCACAGUCGAGUAGCUCUCAGAGCUAGACAGGUGUUAAUAGCUGCUCACCAACCGGCGUAUGAACUCCGUCACAACCAAAUGGAGUCCAUUUUCCUAUCAGCCGUGGACAUGUAUGGGCAUGACUUCCAUCCGGAGAACCUGCAGAAGCUAAUACUGUCGGAGACAUCCAUUUUCGACAUCCUACACGAUUUCUUCUAUCAUACGAAUGCUGCGGUAUGCAACGCGGCCCUAGAAGUGUACGUCCGGAGAGCGUACACGUCGUAUGACAUAACGUGCCUGCAGCACUUGGCUCUGUCCGGAGAACUGGGCGUCGUGCACUUCCAGUUCAUCCUGCCCACUGGACAUCCUAACAGGAUCCCAAUCAGUCAAUCGGAAAUCGAACUAGCUUCAGCGCAGGAUCAGGAAGGUGUUCCAGCAGAACUUUCUACCGCUGCCAUGCGAAAAUGUCAUCAUAGGACGGGAGCGUUGGCAUCUUUCAACUCUUUCGAGCAAUUCAAGGAGUAUUCGGAUGAGUUGCUCGACUUGGUUCACGAUUUUGCCAGUUCCGCAACUGUAAGACGAGAGGACUUGCAAGCCCUUCAGGAAGGCAGUGAAAAUCGGGACAGUACAAGCAUAAACGUCGGUCACGAUCUCAAACCGAAUAUCGAGGAUGAAGUUCCAUUGGAGCCGAUCCACAUCCUAAUGAUCGGGAUAAGGGAUACAGGAGAAAGCGACGACAUUGCUGUGUCGCGUCGCUUCGGACAGUUCUGCCGCGUGCACGCGCGAGAACUGCAUCAGAAACGUGUCCGCCGCAUCACCUUCAUGCUGCUUAUCAAGCGCCAAUUUCCCAAAUUCUUCACGUACCGAGCUCGAAACGACUUCACAGAAGACACAAUUUACCGCCACUUGGAGCCGGCCUCCGCUUUCCAACUUGAGCUAUACCGCAUGAGAAGCUACGAUCUAGAAGCACUACCCACUAGCAACCAGAAAAUGCAUCUGUACUUGGGCAAAGCAAAGGUCAAGAAGGGCCAGGAAGUGACAGACUAUCGUUUCUUCAUUCGAUCAAUCAUCAGACAUCAAGACCUUAUCACCAAAGAAGCGUCUUUCGAGUAUCUGCAGCAUGAAGGAGAAAGAGUAUUAUUAGAAGCAAUGGAUGAGCUCGAAGUGGCAUUCUCCCAUUCCCUGGCCAAAAGGACGGACUGUAACCACAUCUUCCUCAAUUUCGGACCCACAGUCAUUAUGGACACCGCUAAGAUUGAAGAGUCCGUCCUAGGCAUGGUAAUGCGCUAUGGGCCACGACUUUGGAAAUUAAGAGUGUUGCAAGCGGAGAUUCGAUUCACACUGCGGAUUGGCCCCGGUCAGCCCACGAAGAAUGUCCGCCUGUGUCUGUCCAACGGCUCCGGGUAUUCCUUGGACGUGUACACUUACGAGGAAGUUAUAGACCCCAGAACUGGUGUGAUAAUAUUCCAAUCAUUCGGACCGAAACAAGGUCCAAUGCAUGGACUGCCGAUCUCCACGCCAUAUGUCACUAAAGACUAUCUACAGCAGAAGAGAUUCCUGGCGACAUCGCAAGGCACGACUUACGUGUACGAUAUUCCGGAUAUGUUCCGACAGGUCAUUGAGAAGCGAUGGAAGGAAUGCAUCGACGAGGGUACAGUUGAUGGUCCAGCGCCAGACACCGUGAUGAGCUCGGUCGAGCUGGUCGUGGAGUCCGAUGGCGAGAGACGAGUCGUAGAAGUGACAAGGUUGCCGGGACAGAACACUGUGGGUAUGGUGGCGUGGCGGUUAACACUUUUCACACCGGAAUAUCCCGAGGGACGUGACAUAGUGUUGAUAGCCAACGAUCUCACUCACUACAUGGGCUCUUUCGGACCCCAAGAGGACUGGGUGUACUACAGAGCCUCCCAGUACGCACGCGAAAUGAAAAUACCCAGGAUAUACAUAAGCGUAAACUCCGGCGCACGUAUCGGCGUAGCGGAGGAGGUGAAAGCGGAAUUCAAUGUUGCCUGGCUCGACGCUGAGAGGCCUGAACGAGGCUUCAAGUACCUCUACCUGAGUCCCGAGGCCUACUCCAGGCUCGGACCGCUCAACUCUGUUAAGGCACAACUGAUCGAUGAUGAGGGAGAGUCGAGAUAUAGGAUCACUGAUAUUAUUGGUAAAGAAGAAGGCUUAGGUGUGGAAUGCCUUCGCGACGCGGGGCUCAUAGCGGGAGAGACGGCUCAAGCGUAUGAGGACAUUGUCACCAUCUCGGUGGUCACCUGCAGAGCUAUCGGCAUUGGAUCAUAUGUUGUCAGGCUCGGACAUCGUGUGAUUCAAGUGGAGUCCUCAUACAUUAUUCUCACGGGCUAUGCGGCGUUGAACAAAGUGCUGGGUCGCGCGGUGUACGCCAGCAACAACCAGCUGGGCGGCACGCAGAUCAUGCACAACAACGGAGUCAGCCACGCCGUGGCCAAAACCGACCUGGAGGCCAUACAGACAACGGUGACCUGGCUGUCUUAUGUUCCCAAGGAUAAGCUCAGCAUAGUGCCAAUAAUGCGAUGCGCGGACCCGGUGGAUCGGCCGGUUGAAUGGAUCCCGCCCCGCGCGGCGCACGACCCACGCCUAAUGCUGACGGGAGACAGCGCCAGGGGCGGCUUCUUCGACGCUGGCUCCUUUGAUGAAAUCAUGAAGCCUUGGGCGCAGACUGUUGUCACGGGCCGAGCUCGUCUCGGCGGUAUCCCAGUGGGCGUGGUAGCCGUGGAGACGCGAACGGUCGAGUUCACGCUACCCGCUGACCCUGCCAACUGGGACUCUGAAGCCAAGACGGUGCAACAGGCCGGACAGGUUUGGUUCCCGGACUCUGCAUACAAGACAUCGCAGGCAAUCAACGAUUUCUCACGGGAGAAUCUGCCUAUAAUCAUAUUCGCUAACUGGAGAGGAUUCAGUGGUGGGCAAAAAGACAUGUACGAGCAGAUCCUCAAGUUCGGUGCGGAGAUCGUGUGCGCACUGCGGCGCGCCACCGCGCCCGUGCUGGUGUACAUUCCGCCCGGCGCGGAGUUGCGCGGCGGCGCGUGGGCCGUGGUCGACCCCAGCGUCAACAGCCUGCGCAUGGAGAUGUACGCCGACAACGACGCCAGAGGGGGAGUCUUGGAAGCGGAGGGCAUCGUGGAGGUGAAGUACAGACAGCGGGAUAUACUCAAGACGAUGCACAGGCUAGAUCCAGAACUGCUCAGGCUUGGCGCCCGGAACAAUGAAAUCAAGGACCAGAUAAACGAGAUCUCGAAGAAUCUUGACCGGCGCGGCUCCAUUGACGACGUGCUCAUUAAGACUGACGCCGGCAAACAAGCUGAGACUAGAGUUCGUGAAUUGGAUACGGAAUUGACUGCCGCUGAGAAAACUAUGAAAGAGCGAGAGAAGGAACUAGCACCUAUUUAUCACGAGAUCGCGGUCCAGUUUGCCGAAUUACACGACACCGCCGAAAGGAUGCUCGAAAAGGGCUGUAUAUUUGAUAUAAUACCGUGGCGCGACUCCCGACGUCUCCUUUACUGGCGUCUCAAGCGUCUGUUACGACAAAACGCACAAGAGCUGAGGGUUCAAGCAGCGACGGCCACCGGACCUGAGCACAUGGACCAAAGAGCCGCAGCUGCUACUCUGCGCCGCUGGUUCACGGAGGACAAAGGAGAGACGCAGUCCCACCAAUGGGAGCACGACAACGAGGCGGUGUGCAGGUGGCUGGAGGCGCAGGCGGCGGACAACGACUCCGUACUGGAGCGGAACCUGCGGGCCAUCAAACAGGAUGCCGUGCUCCAAACUGUGAACCACUUGGUCAUGGAACUAACCCCAUCGCAACGCACUGAAUUCAUAAGGAAUCUCACUGCCUUAGAAAUGGAAUCAGAUUUUAAUAAUAGUAAAUAAAUAAUUAUAAUAAAUAAUACAAUGUAUAUUAAACUCAAAGUGUUAAUAAUGAAAUUGAAUCGUAUUCGUUGUUGAAUAGAAUUCAAAAUCUUUUGGGAAUUAUUAUUACUUUUUUUAAACUAUUAUUCUUAU